CACUAUCCUCGGCUCACUUCCCUCGUCUUAAUAAGGAAAGAAAUCUUCCAGCGACAUCUCUGAUCUCUCUCCCUUCAAAAUCCGACCUUUAUUAAAUUCGUCCUUAUCCGCUUCUUCCAUUUCCUUUCAUCGAAAUUUCUUUGCCUCUGUCUCCUUUUGGAUCUCCCCAACACGCUCCUUCCGUAACUAGGGUUUCUCCUGGGGCUCUUUGCUAAAUUUAGCUAAAUGCCUGCUGAUUUUCCUCAGCGUGUGUCCCUCUCCUAUUAGGCCCGUCCUCUUGCUUUUGUUUCCCUCAAAGAUACCCAAAAGCUGCUUAUAUAGGCAGUCCUUCCUCCAAACUUUGCAUUUGUUUUCUGCCGAUUUUCUCUUGUCUUUUUAGUUUUGCUAGUACGAAUAAGGUGAAUCUAAUGGCGAGGGAGAAGAUUCAGAUUAAGAAAAUCAACAACGCUACAGCGAGGCAAGUGACAUUCUCCAAGCGACGCAGAGGCCUCUUCAAAAAGGCUGAGGAGCUUUCUGUCCUCUGUGAUGCGGAUGUUGGCCUCAUAGUCUUCUCCUCAACUGGGAAGCUCUUUGAGUACUUCAGCACAAGCAAAAAGGAACUACUCGGCAAAUAUCAUCUGCAGUCGAAGAACUUAACAAAACCAGGACCACCGUCUCUUGAAUUCCAGCUAGUUGAGAACAGUAAUUACACCAGCUUGAGCAAGGAAGUUGCUGAGAAGAGCCGUCAACUUAGACAGAUGAGAGGAGAAGAUCUGCAAGGUUUGAACAUCCGGGAAUUGCAGCAACUAGAGAGGUCUCUCGAGUCCGGAUUGGGCCGUGUAAUAGAAAAGAAGGAAGAGAAGAUAAUGACUGAGAUCAGUGAUCUCAAGAGAAAGGGAAUGGAGCUGAUGGAAGAGAAUGAGCUGUUAAAGCGUCAAGUAUGGAAUCCUUCUCUGGUGGAGCAAUUAUCUGAUGGUAACAGGCUAGGUGGGGCCGAGUCUGACAUCGUCAAUAAUGAGGAAGGCCAGUCAUCAGAAUCUAUCACUGUCACAUGCAACUCCUCGGGACCCCCUCAAGACUGCGACAGCUCAGACACAUCGCUCAAGCUGGGGUUACCAUAUGCUGGCUGAAGGUAUUGCGCAAGAUAUCCUCAUAAACCAAGAGAAACGAAGACUAAGGUAUACAUUACGAAAACCGAGGAGUUGUACUAGAAGUCCAGUACCUCAACUCCUCAAGAUCUGUUAAUAUCAGUCGGAAGUUCAAGAAAGAAAAGGAACUAAUAUCACCGUACCACUUUCUCUUUUAUUCUGUGAUUAUGACCCAAAAUAUUUGAAAAGGGUUUGGGAAACAAGAGAUCUUCAUCACAUAUUCCUCUGAAGAUGCUUGUUACGUGAUAUUCCCAAUGUGUAGAUAGAAAAAGUACGUACAAUGAGUAUAAUCAUGGCGACUACGGACGAAAUAUUAUCAAGAUUAAUCACCUUUUGAUGCCAA